GCAUAAAUAUGCUCACUGGAGCUUUGCCUUCAUUCCGUAGAUUAUUUUGGUUCCUCUUAUAAAAAUCAUUGACAACGCUGCAUGUCGCGUCUAUACGUAUAACAAUAUGAUCUAUCCAGUCGUAUCUUGAUUCCCGACGUUUUGAGUACGAUUUUGCAGCCAGUGAGUUUCUUUUGCCUGUUAGGUACUUGUUAAAUACGAGUAACUUUCUUUGAGAUCGAAAUGGCUAGCAGUCAAGAAGAGGUGAUGAAAUUCUGGAAUAACAGAAAAACAAAUAGAUGGCUUUGUAACAGAUCAUUAUCUCCAAGUGAGGACAAGAGUGGAAAUGAUACUAGACCAGAGAAGUUGGCCUUGACCAGAUAGAACACAAUGGAUUUAAGGAGCAAUAAUAGGAUAAAUUCUAGAAGUUCCACUGAGAUUAAAAAAUGACCAGCCCCAAAUAUCGUUUGCGCCCCGCCCCCCCCCCCCCCCCCCUAGACGAAAUCCUGAACCCGCCUGUGGCUAUAGACUUUGAAGUUUACGAAUCAUAUCCAAAUCCCUCUAGACACGCAGCAUCGAAGAAAUAUAAACGCCAGACCGAUAUGUGUUACUUCUGUGAGACGGACGUACAGAACUUUGUACGCCAUCUACGCAGGAACCAUUUAUGUGAAACAAAAGUUCAGGAAAUAUUUUCACAUCAAAAGAAUUCUGUAGAAAGGAGAAAAUUACUUGCAAUUUUGAAGAAAAAAGGCAAUUUCAUAAAAAAUUCAGAAGAGUGCGUCAAACCUGUGAAGAAGGCUCGUUCACCAAGUGCAUCUUUUCUUCCGUGCGGAAAUUGUCUUGGAUUCUACAGAUCAAAGUUUUUAUACAGACACAAAAAAAAGUGCUUGGAAGGUCAGUCAGCAAAAAAUGCUCAAUCUGAAGCGCAGAAUCUUCUCGUGAAAAAUAAAAGAAUUGACCAAAGAUUGAAAGUCGAAGUCUUUCCCAGAAUGAGAGCGGACAAAAUAUCUCUUGAGGCUAAAAAUGAUUAUCUUAUUUGUGCCUAUGGUGCUAGAUAUUUGAAAACCCAUAGAGAAAAGCAUUUUAUCAAUGUAACGAGUAGAAAAAUGAGAGAGCUUUCCAGAAUAUUACUAGAAUUGAAAAAACUGGAGCCAACAAUACACAAUCUGUUUGAUGCCCUGAAACCGAAGCACUAUGACCAACUAGUUGAAGCUACAAAAUCAGUAGCAAACUACGAUACUGUUAAUGACACAUUUGAUUCUCCCACAUUUGCCAUGAAUAUAAGUACCGCACUGAAACAGUGUUGUGACAUUGCAAUACACAUGGUUAUAAAAAAUGAACCAUCAGUUGAAACAGCUACUUAUGAAGCUAGCCUCAAAACGAUGAUUAAUUUGCUGCAAUCAAAUUGGAGAUUUGAUGUCUCUGGCCGCGCUGGCAAUGAUUUGAACCUGAAAAAAUUCAAUAAGGUGACUAUUGUGCCAUUAGCAACAGACCUUAGGCUUUUAAAAAACUACUUGUUGUUGAAAGCAGGAGAGGCAGUGAACAGGUUGGCUAGAAAUGCUGCUGAUGCGAACGCUUACACUACUCUUCUGGAGACAGUUUAUUGCAGGGUAAUACUACUAAAUAGAAAAAGACCAGGUGAACUGCAAAGGAUGAUUCUUCGCACUUAUGAGAGUUCUGAAAUUAAAAGUGGCGCCUAUGAAGAAUUUGAAGAAGUCAUAACCGAGGCGGAAAAACUACUGAUAAAAAAUCUGAAAAGAGUUGUGAUACGAGGUAAAAGAGGCCGUGGUGUACCGGUAUUGUUCAGCAACGAUAUACAGCUUCAUGUCAAAGAAUUACUCAAAGUGAGGAAUAAUUUUGUCCCAAAAGAAAAUCCUUACUUUUUUGGCAAACCACGGCUCACCGGGCCAAUUCAGGGAUAUAAAGUAAUUGCAAAAUAUGCUCAUGCUUGUGGAGCAAAAAAUCCUCAAGCAAUUACUUGUACCAGGCUUAGAAAACACCUUGCAACAUUGAGUCAACUAUUUAGUUUAAACGAAAAUGAAAUCGAACAGUUGUCCAAUUUCAUGGGACAUACACCUGGGGUACAUAAAGACGCAUAUAGGUUACCCGACGAUUUGUACCAGACCGCGAAAAUUUCAAAAUUGCUAAUUCUGAUGGAAAAAGGAGAAGCUGGUGAAAAUAAAGGGAAAGGAUUAGAGGAAAUAACAGUGGACUUAGAAGAAGAUCUAUUAGAGGAGAACGGGUGUGAUGACGAGGAUGGAGAAGAUAUGGAAAAGGGAGAAGAGGAUCAGGAAGAAAAAGAAAUAAGAGAAAUGUUAUCUAAUAAAACAGUAGUGUCAGAGCAAAAAGGAAAGAAAACGGAAUUACCUGUGGCUGUCAAUAAGAAAAAGCGUAUUCUUACACCAUGGACUAGUGAACAGAAGGAAGCAGUAACAUUCUUCUUUAAUAAGAACAUAAAGAUGAAAAAAGCUCCAAAAAGAAAGGACUGUGAAGAAAUUAAAAGUUUAUACCCCGAGUUGCUAGCCAAUAAAGACUGGCUAAAGAUUAAAGUUUUUAUACAAAAUGCGUAUUCAAAAAGAAGCAAAUAAGUUGUAAAAUGUGAAUGUGAAUGAAAAUAAAGAAAUCAAGCUCAUUUGAGUUCAUUUAUUUUGACCGCUAGUUGUACUUAGACUGCUAUCAGAGGGUAUCAUUAGUAAAUGUGUGUAUUUCUUG